AUGGAAGAAGUGCCUGUUGAUGGGAAGUUGCAGUCCUGCGUUUUCCUUGAUACUCCUGGACAUGAGGCAUUUGGUGCAAUGAGAGCUCGCGGAGCACGGGUCACUGACAUCGCAAUCAUUGUGGUUGCUGCUGAUGAUGGAAUUCGUCCUCAAACAAAUGAAGCAAUAGCUCACGCAAAGGCUGCUGAUGUCCCUAUAGUCAUAGCUAUAAAUAAGAUAGAUAAAGACGGAGCUAGUCCAGAGAGAGUGAUGCAAGAGCUUUCUUCAAUUGGCUUGAUGCCUGAAGAUUGGGGUGGUGAUGUUCCAAUGGUUCAGAUCAGUGCUCUGAAAGGGGAGAAUAUCGAUGAUCUGUUGGAAACUGUCAUGCUUGUUGCAGAGGAGACUGUGGGCGUAUCGUCGCAAUCCAUCUGGAAUCUCUGCAAGAAGUUGAACAGAAACAGAAUAAGAUGGGCGUAUGAAGCUCCAACGCAGAUCCCUGAGGAGCUCCAAGCCGAGAUUCUUGCGAGAAUGGAAGCGAAGGUGUUAAAUCUGAAGUUGGUAUCUAAACGAUGGGGAUCAACAGUGGAUACAGAUCUCAUGUUCUUGGAGAAUCAGAUCUACUAG